AUGUCGGACGAUAAGCGUAUCUCUAGCCAGCAGGCCCUCUAUGAGGUUGGCAUGCCAAACCGUCGUUCCGUCCUCGGCGAUGCCUACGUCAACAACGCCCUUGCCAAGGGAAGCACCGAAUUCGCCAAAUCUAUGCAGGAGUUCACCACUGCCUACUGCUGGGGUGCUGUCUGGGGACGACCUGGGCUUGAGCGCCGUGAGCGCUCGCUGAUCAAUCUCAGCAUGCUCGCUGCCACCGGCAAAGUCCACGAAUUGGCCGUACACACCCGGGGUGCUGUGAACAACGGACUGUCCGCCACUGAGAUCCGUGAGGUUCUCGUCCAGGUCUGCAUUUACAUGGGCGUGCCCGCUGGCAUGGAAGCUUUUAAGGCGGCGGAGAAGGUGCUUGUUGAUAUGGAAGCGGAAGGUAUCCCUAUCAAGCCUUGA